AUGAAACGAUUGAUAAGAUAACCCAUACGACGAGGGAGUGAAAUUACGAGAUUGGAUGUGAAAUACUCUUAUCAAUGGAGAAAUGCACGUUAGCCAUAGUGUAGGGUACAUUAGUCGCAAAAUAAUGUGUGGAAAUUUUUAUUGACUUAGGGCUGAUGGGUCGAGCUGAUUCUACCCAUUGAUGGGAUAUUAUUCCGCAUAAAAUUUAUGGAUUUUUUAUAUUAAUCGUACGCAGAUCUUUCCAAUGUGGGCUUUUAACAAGUUAAUGGUAUUUUAUGUAUAGGAUUACAAUUCUAUGGGGAAUUAAUAACGACAUUCCUCAUGUAAAGAGGAGCCCUCACCUAAUGAUCAUAUGGAAAUAAAAAUCAUCCAUAAAUACUCCAAUUAACAGUACAAAGAGUCAACGAAUUACUGAUGUGUUUGAAAAGACUUCUUGCUAUGAAACAUGACCCCAAUGCCGACCCUAGAAGCAUUGCCAACUGAACUUAUAAUUCCUGACGAUCCACGUCAAUUACCCAUCGCAUUGAAUAUUCCAUCAAUAACAGUGUAAAAAAAAGGAAAAAGUACGAAUAGAGAGAAGCAAUUAAUCUAGACUAUCGCUGUCCACAUCGAUGUUGUCUCUCUUAUCAGCAACACUUGGGUCGAUGAAAAUACAAAGUAAUACCGCACUUUUGGUUUUACAACAAAUAAACGAUCGCCCUGGCACGCAAACAUUUUGAGUCAGCGAAUGGCCAUUAGACCGGGCUUGAAAAGCAAAAAAAAUUGGCGUGAAAAUAAAUGAUCGGAGCAAGAUCCCUACAAGAGAUUUCCCGAGGCUUCUCAUGUAAAACAAUGCUAUUGAUCGUUCAGUGUGAAGUUUAAUGUCAUGCAAAGAACAGGAAUACGGCUGACGGUGCUGUCAGAGUGUUGAUUAUGUCCCUCGCGAAUACAAGAAGUUCGACAUUUAACGCAUGAAUAAUGUGGAAAUGUGCCAUGUUGGUCUGCCUAGUGAGUAAUUUUGUUGGUGGAGACAGAAAUCAUGUUAUGACUGAUUUUGACCGAGCGUCUUGGCUGGAUGAUCAAGACUUCAAGGACAUGAUUGAUUACUCCUUCGAGGGAUCCAGGUGUUGCAAUAUCUUCGUCGAGGGACUGAUGGAGAGGGUGGAUGUGAUGUUCCACCAGUUUAUCAAAUUAUAUGGACAUGAUUAUACGGUCAACAACAUCAAUCGCAGGUGUAACGCUUAUUUGUUGCUUGCGGAGAAGCCCAGGAGUCUUAUCAACGCAGUUAAAAAAGUUCCUACAGCAAUCGCUCUAACUGAAAUCCUGAUAAUUUUUAAUUCUGAAAUCGAGGAAAAUUCCCUCCUAUUCAACGCCUCAUUCUACAAGAACGCAAACGUCAAUCUUAUCUCGCCAACAGGGAGAUGGAGUUUAUCAGAGAUGUUCCUGUUACCCCGAGUGUUCAAAAAAGUCUCCAGGAACUCCAAUAUGAAACACAACAAGGGUAUUGUUGACCUGGAAGGGCGUCAAUUACAGGUGGCUACGUUUUAUGUCCCACCAAUGUCUUAUCUAUCGACGAGUGAAAAUAGAACAGUGAAUGAAGUGGAGGGGGAAUUUUUCUCGUCAAAUGACACGAUGGAGUGGGACGGAGUUGAGGUAAAGUUAUUCGUCAUAAUGGCUAAACACCUGAACUUCACGUGGAUGAUUAGAAAACCUAAUGGAGGAUAUCGGUACGGAAGGGCCAAGAAUUCCACUUGGCAGGGCGGAAUGAUCGGUCAGUUAUUCAGGAAAGAAGUUGAUCUUGCCUUUGGUGGAAUCUGGUUUACCUACGAUCCGUACAGAUAUGUAAAUUUAUCAGUGCCCUGGUACCAAGUGUCUAUACAUUUCCUGGUACCCCGGCCACAUCCGAUCAUCAACUUCUGGGCCCUCACGACACCAAUCACCCUAGAAGUCUGGAUUGCGGUGGUCGUUACCAUAGCUAUGCAAAGCCUCAAUAUCUGGUGCAAAGCCAGGAUUAAUCCUAAAGUUCCUUCCAGGUUCAAAAGCUUUUCCAAUACACUUCUGGAGUUAAUUGGCCGUCUGCUGGGUUCUUGGGCGCCUAGACAGACGAUCGGUCUUCGCGUUCAGCUGCAUCUCUGGCAUUUCGCUGGGCUUCUCAUUGUCACGGCUUAUUCCAGCAGCUUGGCAGCGAGGCUGACAACUCCGGACUAUGAACAAAGAAUCGAUACGGCCGAUCAAUUUUUAGAAAGCAAUUUAACAUGGGGUCGAGAAGGUCCAAUUCCCAAAUUUGAUGACUACUUCGAGGAGCAGUAUCGUGAAAAAAUGCGAGAGAGAUUUCAAACAGAGAAGUCGCCGGCUCAAAGGCAGAAGAAAAUCGACCAAGGAAAUUACGCGAUCGUUGGGAAAAUCAUCAGGUCCAUGUUCUUUCCUGAGAAUGAAAUUCGUUCGUCUGAUCUGCAUAAUUACAGAGUGAUGAAAGAGAGUUUUGGAAAGUACUAUGUCUGCUUCGCAACUCAACCUUGGCUUGUGCUGUCAAUAGACCGAAUGAUGACGCGAUUGAUAGAACACGGUUUCGCAAACUAUUUCCUGAAAGACGUCAUCCAAAGACGAACCAGCAUAAGUCUCCGAGAAGUGCGAAUCGAGCAGGAUGGCGAUAAUGUCGAUGGAGCUGUACCUCUGCAGCUGAAGCCACUGGGAGCAGGAUUCAUCGUUCUGUUUCUUGGCCAUGCGAUUGCCACAAUCAUCUUCUAUUUUGAACUGAGGCAGAACAACGAUGAGAAAUCAAUUCUCAGGACAAUUAUGGAUAUGAAAAGAGUACCAUGCAUGUCAGAUCAAUCCUGCAGGCUCAGAAGAGCCAGGCAUCAGACUCUCCGGAAGAAAAGAACGACAAACCAAUGGAACGUAUUAAUUCCAGAUUAAAUCGAGCCGCUGUAUCAAAGGUCGAGAGGUGGAAAAAACCAAUGAAUGUUUCAUCUGCCGGAGUCUACCUCUUUUAUCAUUACCUCGUGCUUGAUAAUUAUUAGAGAAAUCAAACGAAUGCAAAUAAUGAUACAAGGAUUAUGUAAUAUUUACCACGGUUAUUCCACAAAUCAUUGAAUUCCGAUUAUAGACUAUGAAAUAAUGAGCGUUGGACUUUUUUGAUGUGUCAACCCAUCGCGUUGUGACAGCUGUUGUAAUUGGAAACUGUUCCUGAUGCCCCUCUGCAUGUGUCAAUAAAUAUAAUAAUAUUUAUCCUUCAGUAUUCGAUCAACUAAUAUUUCUAAAACUAUAUCCGUAUGAGUCAACAAUUACAACGAGACUUGCGUAAGCUCAGAGGGUAAUUGUCAACAAUAAAUUUGAAGACGAAAGUCAUAUGAUGAUCGAGCAGAACGGUGGACUAGAUUCAGUAUAAUCGAGAGAACAACCGCAAAGGCUCUUCAUUGCAUUCGCAAAA